GCCAAAGUAUACAACAUGGCGGCCACUGAGUACGCAACGCUAAAUGUUACAUUAACUUACGGGCAAAACAAGAUACCAAUUCAUCUAGAUGUCUCAUCCCAAGAUGAUGGAUCAAAAUGUUUAACAGUCGGGCAUCUUAUAGACCAAGUAUACAAGGAGACAAAUGUAGAACCAGCCUGUCAAAAGUUGAUUCAUCGAGGGCGAGCCUUAAACAAAGCUGAUGACAGCAACUCUAACAACACAAAACUCUCCACCCUAGGUAUACGAAAUGGGGACAGAAUUAUGCUGCUCAGUAGAAAGGUGAAUGAUGCUUCAACACUAGCCGUUAGCAAUGGCUAUGCUCAGCAUGUGGCUGAAGGGAAAAGUCGACUUGAAGAUCUCCAGUCACAGGUGGACAGAGUUUGUUUACAGUGUGAUGAAAAUAUUAGACGAGUUCAGGACACUAAGGAACUGCAGGGUCUGAAGACCAGUAAACUUUCAUUUAUAUCGCUUCAUGAAGACUCCAUGAAGUUACUUGAGAAGAUUGAUGCCACCACUUCCAAUGAUAAUGAAGAGUUUAGGAAACAAAGGAAAAUGAUGGUUAACACUAUUCAGGGUAAACUUGAUAUAUGUGAGAAGUUGAUAGCUGACAUCACAAAGAAAAUUCUUCACCUAGAACAGAUGAAUGCAUCAGACAGAUAAAACUGAACUGUUGUUUCUUUAAUAUUUUUUUCAAUACUGGUGCUUAUUUAAUUAUAUUUAAUUUUUGUGUGUAGGAUUCAUAAAUAUCAACAUCAGCUAGUUAACAUAAAGUACUGUAUAAAUUCCAUAAAGUUUAUAAUUGCUACAGUUCUUUAAUUAAAUUUGUUUUUGUUACUGAUCAGCAUUUAAAAAAAAUUGAUUGUUAUAAAUAUAAUUGUUUUAAAAUUAUUUACUGUUACAACUCUGUUCAUGUUUAAGCUUGCAUUUUCCAAACAUUUAAACAUUUUACAUGUUUGUGAAGUUUUUCUUAUGCAUCAGGGUCAUCCCAUUAUUAAGUCAACAUAUAUACUGGAAUGUUCUACCUCCCCCUCCUAAAAUAGUUGAACAAAGUUUCAUUUUCCUUGUAUGGAAUAGGAAAGAGAAGUUUUAAAUUAAAAGUAUUAUCUGUUGUACACAGCAUUAUAGUCAUAGGGGCACACCCUGGAAAUUUUCACCUUUUUUUCUGUUUUCAUUCAUAGUUCAGAACCUUUAUUGGUUUAGAUAAAACUUAAGUACUGACUGAGCUGUUUUUUUUUUUUUU